UUCUGUAAUACAGUGGAUACAAUUUGUCAUGGCUACUCUGAGUAUUAUAGGUUCAAGUUCACUUAUUACCUAUGCUGUAUUCCAAAAUAUACAGACAUCUCCAGAGAUAAGGCCACUCUUCUAUCUGAGCUUCUCUGACCUGCUCCUGGGAAUAUGCUGGCUCAUUGAGGCACUUCUCUAUGGAACUUCAGCUGCCAAUAAGGACAUCAUCUGCUAUAACCUGCAAGCAGUUGGGCAGAUAUUUUACAUUUCCUCAUUUCUCUACACGGUCAAUUACAUCUGGUACCUAUACACAGAACUGAGGAUGAAACACAACCAGAGUGGACAGAACACAUCUCCACUGGUAAUAGAUUAUACUUGUCGAGUUAAUCAGAUGGCCGUCCUUAUGUCAAGUUUGAUACCUCUACUACUGAUGAUACCUGUAUUCUGCCUGGGCAAUAUUAGUGAAUGCUUCCGUAACUUCAGUCAGAGCCACAGGUGUAUUCUGAUGCUUUCCCCGCCAUCUGCCAUGGCUGAACUCCUGCCGUCUGCCAGCACAUCUGUCUGUAGAACACUUUAUUUCUAUGGAGUCACCAUUUUCCUGGCCAGCUUUCUGUUCAGCCUCUUGACUAUUGUGGUCCUACUUGUUCAAGCCCAGACACUGUAUAAGAGGUUUAUGAAAUCCACUGGCUUUAUGGGGAGUGAACAGUGGACAGUGGUUCAUAUUGUGGAACAGCGAGUGCGUUUCUACCCAGUAGCCUUCCUUUGCUGCUGGGGCCCAGCUGCCAUUCUGAUGAUUAUCAAGCUGACCAAACCACAGGACACCAAGCUUCACAACGCUUUCUAUGUUCUCCAGGCUCUAACUGCAGCAUCCCAGGGGCUGCUCAACUGUGGAGUGUAUGGCUGGACACAGCACAAGUUCCACCAGCUAAAGCAGGAGGCUCACCGUGAUGCCGACACCCAGACACCACUACUGUGUUCACAGAAGAGAUUGUAUAGCAAAGGGCUGGAACCAUUGCAGCCCACCUGUGCUUUUGCUGCCACCAGCUCCAGUGUACUUUAA